CAAUCACCACACUGUGUGCCUCCUUGCAUAUUUUGAUGACACCAUACGUGCGUCGUUGUGCCUCUUUGUAUACAUGGAUGACGACUUGUUUCACAUUGAAUGGGCCACGACCCAACCAGCCUGGGGAUUAUCUCGAUAUACCUACCUGAACACGAGUCCAGCGACUGCGACGACACUUAUCUCUUUAUCUAUGCUUAGUUCAGUUGAUGCUUGGCCGACAGGUGGACAAUACUACCGUGCAAUGGUGAUGAACGCAGAAUAAUUCAUUGACACCUUUGAGUCAAAAGAAGUAUGUUUAAAAUUAAUAAUAUGUAUCUACGUUGAAUCUCAGCCAUGGACUCAAGUUAACAAGAGUGUUUUUACUGCCACAGUGGACCGUGUUAUAGGGCGAUUCAGGUACUAAGUAAGUAGUUUCGUACAUGAACGUUUACUUCGGUGGACACGGGGACACUGCGAGAGACUAACGCCCCCCACUGCCCCCUUGUAGCAAUAUAGAGGAAGUUUGGACACUGGAAAAAAGGGGAUGAAGGUAGAAGAGGAAUUCAAAGCAGCACGUGUUUUAAUUGAUGUGAGCCGUUAACAAUACGCACGUCCUGUACGGUUUUACACUGGGGCAGACACCAGGCGAUAAGUUCAGUGAUUAAGCGUGAAGACAAUUUUCAUCAUGCCCAAAGGAGGGAAUCUCUUUACGUUUCUUCCGAGGCUGCGAUGGCAGUUAAAAGCGACCCUUUUGUUUAUUCUUACUGCAUUGAUAGUGCGACUGGGAUGGGUCAUUCAACACACUGUGACGUCAUCAGAUCCUGUAGGUAAAUCUACGUCAGCAAAUUAUUUGAGUAAAAUGGCGUCAUCAAAUUACGCGAGCAACUUGGGAUAUUUUGAGGCCUCUAUUAGCCACAACGAAUCAAAUGAACCUCUGAUUUUACAAUCGCCUGUCAUCAACAUGAUAUCAUAUGAGGAAGCCGAUGAGGUGACAGUCGGGUCCACAGGGGUGACGUCACACGAGAAAAUGAGUGAGAUAUCCAAGAAGACAGAUCCGCCUCAAUUCGAAAAUAUGAAAAUUACAUCACAUCCCGACGAUCUUACGACGUCGAGCUCGAAAACUGAAUGUAAGAACACGUGGAGCGUGGAACCAAGGGGAAAACCAGCGUCAAAAAUUGUUUUUCUGAAGACCCAUAAAGCCGCAAGUAGCACCGUCCAGAACAUAUUUCUUCGGUACGCACUUGAACGUAACCUAACAAUAGCUCUAGGUUUUAAAGAGCUAGGUUCAGCGCAACUAGGCUGGCCUAAUUUCUUCAGAAAGGAUUUUGCUUAUCCCAGCACGAGGGGAACCUAUGACGUCAUAUGUCACCACAUGAGAUACAGCGAAAAUGUUGCCACGGUUAUGCCGUCAGAAACUAUAUACAUUACAGUCAUAAGAGACCCUAUACGGGUAUUCCAAUCAUACUUCUUUUAUUAUCAGUUAGAUAGGCAGUUCAAAAUAGCAGGAGAAACCGACCCAUUGGAAACUUUUUCUAAAAAUCCCGGAUUGUACGAGCACAAAUGGGAGAAAGUUUCUCCUGUAAGAAAUGUCAUGAUGUUUGACUUGGGAUUAAAGAAAGAAGAUAUGAACGACGAAAAUAUGAUCGAAGGUAAAAUUAAAGAAAUUGAGCAACGUUUCCACAUUGUCCUUAUUGCUGAAUAUUUUGACGAGUCACUGAUUCUCAUGAGGGACCUGCUUAACUGGAGCAAUCACGAUAUUCUUUACUUUAAACAAAACAUAAUGAGCAACAUGACGAAAAGGACCAUAUCAGAUGCCACAAAACAUCGGCUAGAACAAUGGAAUAAGGCCGACGUUAUGCUUUACCAGUAUUUCAACGCCACAUUCUGGGCCAAUGCGAAGAAAUUCUGCUUGGAGAAGCUGGCCGCGGAGGUGAAUGCGUUCAGAUCUCAACUAAAGCAAUGGCAGGCAGAUUGCGUCUUGGACGUGAUUACCGGAAAUAAAAUGUACGAUCCUCUUUACAAAACGUACAAUCCAAAUGCGCUCAGCUACCGGUUGAGGCCCGGUGGACACGGCAACGACACUUGUGUAAAUUUGGCGAAAACAGAAAUAGCAUUCACGGAGGAAAUGCUCAAUCGUAUGAAGAAAACAAAAUCCUUAAACUUUGACGCAAAUUAUGCCAUCACCAUUAAAAAGGGGUCCCCAGAAGAGAAAGAACUUUUAAAGCGAUUAGCGGCAAUAAAAGGCUGAUUU